AUGAUGCCUCGAUUACUGCAGCGCCCGCCGCUGGGAUGCCGGUGCGGCCUUGUGGUUUUUCCUCAGCGGCCGUGGGCACCGCGUCCGGCGCUCACGCAGACCUUCUGGACGUCUGCCCCGCGUCGUGAGCAACCCCGAGCGACCGCGACCAAGGAGACGAAACCUAUAAAGCCCUCGGCUGUGUUUCCGGCAAAGAAACAAGCGACGAGCAAGAAUGAUCCUCUGGCGGCGGUGGACAAGUCUGCGACGGAGCAGCGCAAAGCUGACUGGGCCAUCAUGAAAGAGAUGUCUCGGUAUCUAUGGCCGAAGGAUGACUUGAGCACCAAGGUGCGAGUCGGUCUCGCAGUGUCGCUGCUCAUUGGCGCCAAGGUCAUGAACGUCCAGGUGCCAUUCUACUUCAAGAGCAUCGUGGACUCGAUGAACAUUGACAUUGCGGCGGUUGGAGGCACGGCGACGACGGUUGCCGGAGCCAUGAUAUUAGCUUACGGCGCGACCCGUAUAGGCGCAACGGUGUUUCAGGAGGUGCGCAACGCUGUGUUUGCGUCUGUGGCCCAAAAGGCUAUCCGAAGAGUUGCGGGCAACGUCUUUGAGCAUCUACUGCGACUUGAUCUCACCUUUCAUCUAUCCAAGCAGACUGGUGGCUUGACAAGGGCCCUGGACCGCGGUACUAAGGGAAUUAGCUUCAUCUUGACGAGCAUGGUAUUUCAUAUUCUGCCUACUGCACUUGAAAUCAGCAUGGUCUGCGGAAUCCUUACAUACAACUACGGCGCCAAGUUUGCGGCUCUCACAGUCCUGACUAUGGUUAGCUACUCGGCAUUUACUAUUUGGACCACAGCUUGGCGAACCAAGUUCCGGAGACAGGCCAACGCGGCCGACAACAGGGCUUCGACUGUGGCAGUGGACUCGCUCAUCAACUACGAAGCCGUCAAGUACUUUAACAACGAAAAGUUUGAAGUUGCCCGCUACGACAAGGCCCUCCAGCAGUAUGAGCGGAACUCUAUCAAGGUGGCAACGUCUCUGGCCUUUCUCAACAGCGGACAGAACCUGAUCUUCUCCUCGGCACUUACCGGAAUGAUGUACCUCGCCGCAGAGGGUGUUGCCUCUGGCGGCCUGACGGUGGGCGACCUGGUCAUGGUGAACCAGCUCGUCUUCCAGCUCUCUGUGCCGCUCAACUUCCUCGGAUCCGUCUACCGCGAGCUCCGCCAGUCCCUUCUGGACAUGGAGACGCUGUUCAACCUACAAAAGGUCAACGCCAACAUCAAGGAGAAGCCCGACGCCAAGCCCCUGGUGCUGUCCAAGGGCGGCGAGAUCAAGUUUGAAAACGUAAACUUUGCCUACCACCCGGACCGCCCCAUCCUGCGCAACCUAUCCUUGACCAUCCCUGCGGGCAAGAAGGUGGCCAUUGUCGGGCCCAGCGGGUGCGGCAAGUCCACGCUGCUGCGUCUUUUGUUCAGGUCUUACGAUGUUCAGGAUGGAAGGAUCCUCAUUGACGACCAGGAUAUACGAGACGUCAACCUCGAGUCCCUCCGGAGGUCCAUCGGAGUCGUGCCGCAGGACACUCCCCUUUUCAACGACACGGUUGAGCACAAUAUCCGCUAUGGAUCCAUCAACGCGUCCCACGACGAGGUCAUCGCCGUUGCCAAAAGGGCCCAUGUUCACAACACGAUUCUGCAGUUCCCUGACGGUUACCAGACCAAGGUUGGUGAGAGAGGACUUAUGAUCUCUGGAGGAGAGAAGCAGCGCCUCGCCGUGAGCCGUCUUCUCCUCAAGGAUCCUCCUCUGCUCUUCUUUGACGAGGCCACAAGCGCUCUCGACACACACACGGAGCAGGCCUUGAUGCUCAACAUCAACAGCAUCCUUCGGGAAAAGGGCCGUACGAGCGUGUUUGUCGCCCACCGUCUCCGCACCAUCUUUGACUCGGACAUCAUCAUCGUACUCAAGGAGGGGCAGGUGGCGGAAAUGGGAACCCACCGCGAACUGAUCGACCGCGCGGGGGUCUACGCCGAACUGUGGAGUGCUCAAGAAACGAGGUUCCACGACGAUGGGACGUCCAAGGAGGAGAAGCAGGAGGAGGAAGAGGUCCGCUCCCGGUGA